GCUCCCCCACUGCUGCUGGCCUCCCCUGCCGCUGGCGCUCCACCCCCUGCGGGGCUUCAUCCAGGAUUAUAAAAUUUGGAACUCCCCAACUACAAAACGAAACAGAAGCACACACAAAUCAAAACCAAGAAAGCCACCAACUCUCCCGUUCAUUCUGUUGACUGCCCUGCUCUAAAAUUCAGGUGCUUAAACUAACUUCUGGAAUGUGCCAGUUUAAGGAAAAGAUCACUCAGGGUGAACCCCAGAAGUCAUGUUCCAAAGCUGUAGCAGAGAAAGUUACGGAGAGUUGUCAACAAAUUUGCCAGUGUAGACCACCUCCUCCUUUACCACCCCCUCCACCACCUCCACCACCACCAAGGUUGCUUGUAGUCCCAACUACAAAGUCUACCUACUGCCCGCCUGAGGGGACCUGGUGGCCAGGCCUGAUUAUUAUCAUUGCAGUAUGCUGCGCCACGCUAGUGUUCCUCAUUGUAGUUGUCAUCAUUUGCUACAAAGCCAUAAAAAGGAAACCACUGAGAAAAGAAGAGAAUGGAACAAAUCGAGCUGAAUAUGCAAUGACCUCCUCCCAAAACAACAAAACAGUUGAUAAUAAUGCAGUUGUAUAAUCUCUGAGACCCACCCCCCCACAAUGCUGGAGGUGUUAAACUUUCAAAGCACACGCGCAAGUAUGCAAGGUGGGUGAAAUAAGGAAAUGAAAGGCACUCUGUGGCCAAGGACUUCAUUUCAGAUAUAGUGCACGCAUCAGUUAUUCAGAGAAGAAAAAGAGACUGCUCUUCAGGCUUGCUGAUUGUCAAAGGGAAGAUAAACUUGCCAAUCAGGGUUAUCCAGAGAAAAGACCUCACAAAGGCAUAAUCAUUGCAUGCUGCAGCUGUUGAAAGCAACAUCACGAUGCCUCCAGGUUCCUCCUCUUCUUUUUUUUCCUCUUUAUUUUUGAUUGACUGUCCACAAAGAGCUGCUUAAGUAGAAUCCUUUGAUGUGAAGGUGAUCUGCCAGAGUGGCAGCAACUUAUUAUAAAUGGGUCUGAGGUUCAGAGAGUGGAAGUCACCACCUGCAUGCUUCUCUGGCUUGCACAGCAUUUUCAUUUACAAGCUCCCAGCUUUGUAUGCUUAAAUAACAAUUAUUAUUUUGUUAUGAAAAAGGGAAAAAGGGGUUUGUUAAUCCACCAAGCAACCAAAAACUGCAUGAACUUGUGAAUUAACCCAGGAAAUAAAUCUGCAGUCUGGUGACUAUGCAAUUUCCAUGGCUGAAGACUUUUCAGGCAAAAGAAAUCUAAGUAGGAUCAUUAGUGAUUAGCAUUGCUAAUGAAAGAUAGAGGUAAUAUUUAAAAGGUGCUUUGAACACUGUUAUUUCAUAAUCAGCCUCUUUUUUUACUGCAUAGCUUUUAUUUCUUAGCUUUACAAAAAGUUCUAGAUCUCUUGUCCUCUGUGAAGUUCUGCACAUUUACUGUAUUUGCACCACACAGAUCUGUCAGAGAAUCCCUCUAGAAAGGAUUUUGUUUACAUUUUGGAGUGAAUAUAUGGGCUCAAUUGUGAUAAAA